GUUACAGAAAGAGGCGAGUAGUUACGAAUGUUAAAACUCGGUGACUUGCUUGAUGACGUCAUUGUUCCAACCGCAUGGUGGGUGCUCACAGUAUCAAUCAUUGCUGCGUCAUGUCAAGACUCGAGUACAUGUAUUUACAGCUGACUCUUAAACGGCCAGAAUACAGCCGAGUGCUGUGUGAAAAUAAACAAGCACUCACACGAAUAGAUUGCCCUUUGACAAUGUUACACAACGAUAUGUAUGAUGGCGACCACGACAGAUAACGCGAGACACACUGCGAGAUAACGCGAGACAACUGCGUUGUAUCUGAACAGAUAGCGUAUCAAGACAGCGUAUCUCAGCAACGUAUACUACAGUGACCUUCUCCUGGAUCAAACCUCGACUCAACAAUGAAUCUCAUAGUCAAGUUCACACGUUUGAAUUCAGGAAGUGAAAUCUACGUUUUUACAUUCACCUUGGUUUUCGUUCUGAGGAUCAUAACAUCUGACCCGGAAGUGCUGACCUCUGAACCGAGGUGCUGCGGUCCCGACCAAUGGGAAGCCGUGAGUCUCGAGGUGGGAGGGUUGAUUGACAGAACGACUGACUACGUGACAUUGAAGGAAAUACGGAGCGUUGUUCAUUAUGACUACAGGAACAGAAGGUUGACUGUGGAAGAGACUGUGUGGAACGGCACGAGCAAUGUUACCUUCAGUCGGACAGUACACAUUGAUUAUAACACGCAACUAAAGUGGACGCUGUAUGACCGGCAGUGUAUCCAUCAGUUUCACACAGACGCCAUGCCGUCGCCUUGUAUCCCAGGUGAAGCAAAGUAUCUUCGGACCAAGGCCAUCAGUGAUCUGUCAGCGGACGUCUGGUUCCUGAACGACACCCACGGCAACAGCUACACCUACACCGUCACCAGCGACACCUGUGUCCACCUUGUCGAGAUGGCCGUCAGCCAAGAGGGAAUAUCAGCGUUCUCACUGACACAAUAUGACAACAUUUCGAUGGGAAUAGCCGACGACAAAGUAUUUCAGCUUCCGUCAUCUUGUCUUCUCAGUCUGGAUGUUAGGUUACAAUAGAAUAAAAAUAUUAUUUUUCA